AUGGACCGAAACAGUGCAUCUUCCGUUGCCGACGAGAAUGACUGGACCAAUGUGACCGACCCAAAGGAGAAGAAGAAGAUACAGAACCGCAUCGCGCAGCGUGUCCACCGUGAGAAGCUCAAGCGGCGCCUUCGAGAGCUCGAAGAUUUGGCCGAGGAGAAGGAAAGCAGGAGGCUUGCCGAGGAACAGGGACACAAGAGGAGAUUCUCAAUGAGCGUGCCCAUGACGCCGGGAGCACAGUCCAUGGUGUUGCCGGCUUCCUGCCCCUCCAGCAUCUCUUUCGGCCCCGCCGGGGCGCUAGAGAGCCUCACGCCGCCCGUGUCCCAGCACAUCGAGACCAUGUGGCGUGUCUUGAACGACAUACUCCAUGACCGCCCACUGGCAGACAGCCCCGGCCAGAACACGAGCAUCGCGGGGCCGAAAGACGCUCGGGAAGAGCCCGCACCGACGUAUCCAGACUGGCGGGCCCAUACUCUAGUAGCAGGUCCGGAGACGGGCUCGGACAACAAGUUCGACCUCGCCGCUCUCGCCAAGGGACUGUCUCCCGCGCAGGACGGCAAUCUUUACAUGCCGGAUCUCGAUUAUUUUCCGUUCCCCGGCGGCACCAGCGACGGCGACGACAGAGUCGUCGGGGACUUUGGCGACACAAGACCCGGCUCGGCCUACGCGUCUUUGCCGCCCGGGCUCCCGGGCAGCGACGCGCCGUUGAUCGAGCGGCUGAACUGCCUGAGGCAGUACGCGGGAGCCCUGGGUUUCGGCAGCCUCGACGCGGCCCUGUCGUCGUACUACACGGCCGACCUGAGCAGGUCGCCGACGCUCUUCAACGAGCAGUGUCUGAGCCGCAGCCGGCGGCUGCCCAGCCUCCUCUCCGAGAUCAGGAGGCAUUCCAAGGGCUGGAACAAGCUGGGGCAGGCCGGGUACACGGAAGAGACGCUACGGAGCGCCGAAGACAUCUACGUGGAGGAGUUCAAGCAGGCGGGGGUCGACGUGCACCUGCAGCUCGCGGACGUCGCCGUCGCGGGCGAGGAGUUGACGAUGGAUCUUGUGCCCAGGGCUCUCGUGGUUUUGCAGAACAAGUUUCCUCACCUCUGGGCCUUGAUCACGAGCCUCGCCACGGACGCCGCGGCGCUCGGGGAGCAGCAGCAGCAUCCCUACACCGUGUUCGCGACCGUCAUGACGUUGUGCUGCCCCGGCAGGCCUCUCCCGCGCGGCGUGCUUGCAUUCCAUCAGUAUCAGUACCACGAAGUGCCGUGA